CGUUCAGUGUUCUACACUCAGAGCAUCAUGUUUAGCAAGGGUCUGACAAUGUGCAAAAAUGACUGAGGAACUGGGAGAAUUCUCUCUUGGACAAGAAAUCAUGAGAGAGAGUAUGUGUCUGGGAAUGGAAGGACAGUGACUGGAUUUGGCCCUAGGCCAGCAAGGCUUGUAGACACAUAGGAUCCCUGGAUACUUCAGCUAGUUUUUAGCUCCUCACAAGACACCUGCCUUAAGAGUAGUUUGAUCAGUUUUCUCAGAAAAUCCGUCGAGUACUAGGAAGAAUCAGUUUAAAAAAUUCUCAGUGGAAUCUGUUAUCAUCAUCUGGUCAGUUUGAGUCCUUUAAUCAGGAUGAUGGACCAGUCAGCUGGUAAUUCCUACAUGGUUUAGCCAGAACUAACAGGUAGCUGUCAACAAUGCAGAUAUGUUAAUCUCAGCCAUAAGAUACUCUUCUUCUAUUUGCUCACAUUCCUGUCAUCUCUUUCCUUUCCCCUGUACCAUUUCCAUCUGCUUGUCAGUGCAUUGCUUAUUUUGUAUCAACCAGCCUCUCCACUCUUGUUUCUCUUGUAAGUCAGAAUAAGCUAUAUGAAUUUAUCAUGUUGGUGCCAUUUUUUAAUAGAACAAGUCUCAUGUCUAGUUAUUACUCUCUCUGGUAUAUAAUUUAUCAGAUUGUUAUUCUGGAUUUGUUGGCCAGAGAAGUUGCACAUUCUCCAUACUUGAAGGUUUUUUUCAACAUCUGACUGGAUAAAGCCAUGAACAGCCUGAUUUGAUGUCAUAGUUGACCCUGCCUUGACCAGGAGGUUGGGCUCAUAACAUGCUUUCCCACACACAUUAUUUUCUGAUUCUGUGAUUUGGCCUUUUUGACAAAACAUAGCUGGAUUGGAAGGAAGUUUCAGGGUGAAUUAUGUGGUCUACUCCAAUGCUUUAGUCUUUGAGGCCCCCUAUCCUACAAUCAGUAGGUCUCAUCGUUGCUAGAACUGAAGUAAUUUUGAAUGAGUUUGUAGAGUUUAACAUCAGAAAUUACUAACUCAACUUGGCUAGGUACAUAGAGCCUGAAAGACAGGACUCCAAUAUGAGAUUGUUCAGAAGCUGAAGAAAUUACUGUGCGAAUAAUGUUGAAAUUGAAAGACUGAUAGAAUUUAGCCGGGACAAUUUUUCUGGAAUGUGCAGAUUUCUAUUAUUCUUCAUUGUGAGCUUUAACACAUUACAGUAUUAAUAUCUGCACUGAACAUAAUGUAGCUAAGUUAAAACUGCUGUUCAGAAAUAACAUUUGCUUAUCCUUAAUCUUAGUUUUGGUCCAUUAAAAAAAAAAGGCAGCAUAUGUCAAAAGUUUAAUUCAGGUGUAAUUCUGUGUAAUACUUAACUAAAGGUUUGUGCUAAAAGAGAACAAUCAGUGCUUAAAAUCAAUUCCAUGUUCAUACUCCUUAACGAUUCCCUGCAUUGUCCAGAAGGAAGGUGGUUUUCCUGAAACAUGCCUUUUGAGCAGACUACUUUUUUUUUUUAUUGUAGCUGAACCAGGGCUCAGAGGACCCUCUGAAGAGACCAGUGGUGUAUGUGAAAGGUGCUGAUGCUGUCAAGCUAAUGAACAUAGUUAACAAGCAGAAAGUGGCACGGGCCAGGAUUCAGCAUCGCCCCCCACGGCAACCCACUGAGUACUUUGAUAUGGGAAUUUUCCUGGCCUUCUUUGUGGUUGUGUCUCUUGUUUGCCUCAUUCUUCUUGUCAAGAUCAAACUGAAACAGCGACGGAGUCAGAAUUCCAUGAACAGGCUUGCAGUGCAAGCACUGGAGAAAAUGGAGACCAGGAAGUUUAAGUCCAAAAGUAAGGGACACCGAGAAAGUAACUGUGGAGCACUGGAUACACUCAGUAGCAGCUCCACCUCUGACUGUGCCAUCUGCUUGGAGAAGUACAUUGAUGGGGAGGAACUGCGUGUCAUUCCUUGCACUCAUCGAUUCCACAAGAAAUGUGUGGAUCCUUGGCUGCUGCAGCAUCACACCUGCCCUCACUGCCGCCAUAACAUCAUAGAACAGAAGAAGGGGAAUGCAGCUCCCAUCUGUCUGGAAUCCAUCAACCCAGCCCGCAGCCGGCAGCAGAGGGUGAUUCUGCCUGUGCAUUACCCGGGCCGAGUGCACAGAGCCAGCCAGAUAACGGCGUAUCCCACCCGGACGAGCAUGGACCCCCACGGAAACCCCAUCACCUUACUGACCCUCGAGCGCCACGGCGAACAGAGCCUCUACCAAGCCCCGUCCCCGGCCUACAUUCGCAGUUAUCAGCCUCUUCAUUUGGACCAUGCUUUAAACACACAUCACUGUAGCCUGGAGCACAGGGCUUACUCUCCAGCCCACAACUUCCGGAGACCCAAGUUUGGUGGACGCAACUUUUCCAAAGCAGCGUGCUUUUCCCGAUACGAGACCAUGUAUCAGCACUACUACUUCCAAGGCCUUAGUUACCCUGAGCAAGAUGGACAGCUUCCAGCUGGCAUUUCCUCAAAGGGUCCUUCCCGUGCCUUUCAGCCUGGCAGCAGCAUGCUUUUCCCUCCCGUGGUACACGUAAUGCCCUCGUCCCGCCUGGAGAGCGGCAGUACCUCCAGCUUUAGCUGCUAUCACGGUCAUCGUUCAGUGUGCAGUGGCUAUUUGGCUGACUGCCCUGGGAGUGACAGCAGCAGCAGCAGUUCUGGUCAGUGCCACUGCUCCUCCAGCGAUUCCAUGGUUGACUGCACUGAGGUCAGUAACCAGGGGGUUUACGGGAGCUGCUCCACCUUCCGCAGCUCUUUGAGCAGUGACUAUGACCCGUACGUUUACCGCAGCAGGAGCCCUUGCCGAGUGGGUGAGGUCGGUGGUGCAAACAGGGGUGCAGUUGUGCUCUUGGAGGGCCCCCACCAGGACGAGCUUCCAGCUCACGGUCAUGGCAUGGUGGGUGCUGACUGCCGGCCUGUGCCAGCUUCUUCCUCAGGGGACCAACUGUCUAACUGCAGCAUGGAUAUGAACUAUAGCAGUAAUUCCUCACUAGAGCACAGGGAUCCAAAUGGCACUACCUCAGAGGGAGGACCUGAGGCCACUCCUGGUGCUGCCUUGGAUGUUAAAAGGAACUGGAAGAAUCCAGAGAUAGCAGGGUCGAUUUCGGAGCAGGCAUGUGCAUGCUGCUUUGAAUUCCAGCACUCUGCCCUGGAGCCUAGCAAUGGGACAGCUGACUGCAGUGCACUCUUCCUUAGCUCUCCACUGUGGGGGACGUGUGGCCAAGGAAUUGAACCACAGUCAGGGAACACCCCAGGCUUGUACAGUAUUAACUCAGACCACUUACAUAGGACAGAUGGGGUAAAAUAUGAGGGGUUGCCCUGCUGCUUCUAUGAAGAGAAGCAGGUAGCCUGUAGUAGCAACAGUGGCAGUGGAGGUGGUGGCUGCUAUACAGAAGACUAUGCAGUGAAUGUGCAGUACACCCUUCCUGAUGACACCUUGCCAAACUGCUGUAAGGGUGUUUGUGAUCUGGGUCAACGCAUUCCCAUAAUUCCUGAAGACAGAGACUCUGAGCUGAUUCUACCACCAGAGCACCAAGGGACCCACAUAGGAGGCUGUAGCUCCUGGGAUGCAACACCUGAGCUAGACACCUACCUGCACUGUCAAGGUAUUGGAGAGGUACAGGUCGAGAGGGAGGUGUGCUAUGAGGCAACAUCAUUCCUGCGGCAGAAAUAUUCUCAGGAGGAGGAAACUGGAAUGCCCUUUCCCAGUCCCACUCUGAACUCCCAGAAGCUUAUGAUGACCACAAAGGCCACAGGUGCUGGAUCUCAUCCCUUGGAGAGAAGCCAAAUCAGUGACUAAGACCUGUCCAGAUGAUCCCAGAUGGAGAAGCGGAGCUUAUCAGAGACUCCAAAUUCUCAUGGACUUAACUUUUUUUAAGCUUUGACAAACACACAAAAGUGGUAAUGUGGAGAAGUCCCUCCCUACUUCCUCUGUGUUCACUUCAGUUUGAUUGUCUCCUUUGUCCCUCCUGCCUGAAGCCUUCAGGCCUUGAUUUGUGUGCAAAGCCCAUGUGGGACAUGGUGUGGAGCAUUUCUGAGCUCUAGUGCCAUUUCUAUAUUAAUGACAAAGUGUUAUUUAUAUUUUCUUUUUAGAAGUGACCUCUUCUGAGAGGUAACACAGUGUAUUAAAUAAGCCAGGCUAUGUGUAGAUGCUGUUAUCUCCUACUUGAAGGAGUCCAGCCUUUGAUAAGCUCAGGGCUACAACUGCCUUAGAAACCAGAUAGCACCUUGAAAUAUAGUAAUCCAGAGGGAUACAGCUGCUGAAUGGAUGCUCAGAUACUGAUUAAUCCCAGUAGCAAAUCCUAGCAGCCAGCAAGUUAUUUGAGUGAUUUUGAGGGAGGUGAAGCAUUGGACUGUCUACUUUCUCCUCUUCCCUUUUCCCCCUAUUCAUGCUGCUCUGAUGGUUUGGCUAGGAAGGUGUCCCGCCAUUAGGAUUAGUUUCAACAGAGUGGGGGUAAGGAAACUGAUAGCUCAGAAUGUUCUCAUCCUCACUUCCUGUAUCUAAACCGUGGACCUCAUUGUAUCUUCUGACCAGUGAAGAAUGCUGGGGACCUCUCCCUCAAGCAGAUGCUCGAACAAAGUGCUUAGAAAGGGUAUUAUUACCUUUGUAGGUAAUGAACUUUUCCUUCCAUAGGAAGUUUUUCAGGCACCUGUAGCCCCUCUUACGGCUGUGAGGAAUGCUGGCAUGUGCAGGAAAACAGAGCUUGCAGUGUGCUUGCAGCUUUGCUGGCUGAUUUUUGGAAACGGGGUUUCUGUUUCCUCACAGGCUGCACGCAUUCCUAAGGGAAGCAGUGCUUGUCACCUUUUGUGUGUGUGGGAAAGUGAGGGACUUGGUUUAAUCGUUGCUUUCUUCUUUGCUGUGGUUGAUAUAGCUUCCAUAGAUUGAUGUGUUUUAAAGGUUUCUUGGGCCCAGCCGGUUGUGCUUCAUUUUUGUCUUGUGUACAGAGCACUCUCUGUACCCCAUUAGCCUGGGCACAUACUUUUGUUCUUGUCCUAGUGGGGAUGUUUGUUAUCAUGAGAUACUUUAUGUCGUCACUUCUGAUAGCAAUUGUUUCCUGUGGAAACAGCAGCUUCUGAGUAAGAGGCUACCAUAGCAUGGGUUAAAUUGCCUGUCAUGCUGCAUGUGCCUGAGGACACAGUGUCAUCCUGUGGUGUAUUCACAGCAGGAAUUCUUCUAAAGGGAAACGAAGUAUUUAAUGCCCACAGUGCCAGUCUUCUGAAAAGAUUUGUCCUAGUUUCAGUACACUUUGGAGAUACUUCAAAGACAUGAAAUAGAGAUGUACACUUCAUAUUCUGCCAAAGCAAUGUCCUUGACAGCACUGGGCUGGUUGCAAGACCCAGCAAAGCUAACUUGUAUUCUCUGUAGUCCCAAAUGAACUAUUUUAAAAGAAAGAAACAUCUAAGAAGUAACAAAUACAUCGUCUAUUUCCUUUUGCUUUCAUACCCAGAAAGUCAGGAAAAAAGUUCCAUCUAAGGAAUUCACAUUACAUCUUUUCAAUCAACAAGCACCAAAAUUCAGCUGUUCAGAGAAUACAGAUACAAGGCAGCAUCUGGGUAUAAGAUUAAAAGAAAACUUUCAAUAAACACAUUUUCUGUGUAUAAAGCUUAUUAAAAAUUUAUUCAUUCUCUGAAUGACUGAAGUAAGUGGUAUGUGUUGGGAGAACAAACUAAAGGUUUGUGAUUCUUGGAUUUUUUUUUUUUUUUUAUUUUUAAGUCUUACCCUCUCCUUCCUCCACUAAAAAAGAAAUACAUUGUAGAAGCUAUGGCAUACUAGCUUGGUUAUUCUGCUUGGUGUUCUGUGAGGCACUGUAAAGGCCACCUAAGAUACAUUGUACUCUGUAACUAAAACAGCAUAUUGUGGUAAAAGUGGUUCUUCAAAAGUUCUGAAUAUUCUGGCUCAUGGUGAUCCCAGAUAUACUGGUCCCACACAUUGUGGAAAUCUCUGCUGGUACAAGUCUCUGCAGGCCAUACCACAGACACCCUCCACCUGCCUUCUGUGCUGGGUCUGGCAUUUAACAUAAAACUCUAUGUCCAGUGCAGACCUACAGGCUAGCUGGCCAUGAGAAAUGGUUUUUAUAACAAAAUGCCUUUCUACUACUUACAUGAACAGUUGUCGUUUUGUUUGGCUCAUGAGGCACUAUUUAAAAUGUUUUUAAUUAAAAUUGUCUUAUAGCACUUAAAAUUGUUUUGUAUAAAAUUUGCUGUAAAGAUUUGUAAUAUGGUCAAAGGGCUCUUUCUCCUUCAUUACCAUUUUUAAAAAUGUUUUAAAAGCUAGAAAGCAUCUUGUAUAUAUUCUGUAUAUGUAUAGCAGCACAUUUCAUGUAUGGAAAUAUGUUCUCAGAAUAUUUAUUUACUAAUAUAUUUAUCUUAAGCCA